AUGAAGGAGCUUCCAGCGCUGUCUUGCCACUGGGUCUGGCUAUUCUGGUCCUUCUGUGGCUUCCAGGUGUGUGGUACGCAGCCCAGAGCCCAGGAGCAUCCAGGGUUUGAGGUCUUAGCCUCUGCUUCUCAUUACUGGCCGCUGGAAAAUGUGGAGGGGAUCCGGGAGCUUCAGGAUACAACUGGAGCGCUGCGAACCCUCAACCUCACUGUGCCUCUCUCCCACAAUGCUACCUUUGUCUUUACCAAUGACUCUGCCUACUCCAACUUGUCUGCAACCGUAGAUAUCAUGGAAGGGAAGGUGAACAAAAGUAUUUACCUCAAGGAGGAGAAGGGGGUGACGUUUCUCUACUACGGCCGGUACAAGUCAUCCUGUAUUAGCAACCCGGCCCAGUGUGGACCUGAGGGAGUGUCAUUUUCAUUCUUCUGGAAGACUCAAGGAGAACAGACCCGACCAGCCCCCUACGCUUAUGGGGGGCAGGUCGUCUCUGACGGGUUCAAAGUCUGCUCUAGUGGUGGAAAGGGCUCUGUGGAGCUGUACACACGAGAUAAUUCCAUGACGUGGAAGGCCACCUUCAACCCUCCGGGUCCUUACUGGACUCACGUCCUGUUCACAUGGAAAUCCAAGGAGGGCCUGAAGGUCUACGUCAACGGGACUCUGAGCACCUCGGACCCGAGUGGGAAAGUGUCUCACGCCUAUGGGGAUCCCCACGUCAACCUGGUCAUAGGGUGUGAGCACGACCCGACCAAGCGUUACGAGAACGGAGCUUUCGAUGAGUUCAUCAUCUGGGAACGUGCGCUGACUCCCUACGAGAUCAAGAUGUACUUCACAGCUGCCGUCGGUAAACAUCCUCCGCUGUCUUCAACACCACCGGCGAUGCCCACAGCAUACACUGUGAUGCCCACAGAUGCCUACCACCCUAUCAUCACCAACCUGACUGAGGAGAGAAAACACUUCCAGAGACCCAGAACCGUGCUGAGAUACCUUCAAAACGUGUCCCUCAGCUUGCCCAAUAAAUCGCUCUCCGAGGAAACUGCGCUGAACCUCACAGAGACCUUCUUAAGAACUGUGGGCGAGGUGCUCCUACUGCCCAGCUGGAUCCACGUAUCAGAGGACAAUGCCGUGACGCUGGGCCUGGUUGACACCAUCGAUACCGUCAUGGGCCACAUAUCAUCCAACCUGCUGCCCAGAGAACCCCAUAUCUCCCUCACAGGCUCUUCCUCCAUGGCAGAAUUCUCAGUGGCCAAGGUCCUCCCACCAGCGUUGAGUGCCCCCCACUACAGGUUCCCAGCCCACGGGCACAGCUACAUUGAGAUUCCGAGAGAGGCCCUUCACAGCCAAGCCUGGACCACGAUUGUCGGCCUUCUUUAUCACACCAUGCACUAUUACCUGAACAACAUCCCGCCAGCCAGCACAGAGAUUCCCGAGGCUGCGAAGUGCAGAGACUGCCUGCUGUCUGUCGCCAGCCACCUGAUCUCCCUGGAGGUGUCCCCACCGCCCACUCUGUCCCAGAACCUCUCCGGCUCUCCUCUGAUCACUGUCCAUCUCAGACACAAACUGACUCAAAAGCAGUACAUCGAUGCCACCAAUGAGAGCAACCGCCUCUUCCUGUAUUGUGCCUUCCUUAACUUCAGCUCCGGAGAAGGCGUCUGGUCCAGCCAGGGCUGUGCACUCACGGAAGGAAACCUCACCUACUCAGUGUGCCACUGUACACACCUCACAAACUUCGCCAUCCUCAUGCAAGUGGUCCCACUGAAGCUCACGCUCGGACACCAGGUGGCGCUGUCGUCCAUCAGUUACGUUGGCUGCUCUCUGUCCGUUCUCUGCCUGGCUGCCACACUGGUCACCUUCGCAGUACUGUCUUCCGUCAGCACCAUUCGGAACCAGCGUUACCACAUCCACGCCAACCUGUCCUUCGCCGUCCUGGUGGCCCAGGUCCUGCUGCUAAUCAGUUUCAGCAUGGAGCCUGGCACGGUCCCGUGCCAGGUGCUGGCUGUCCUCCUACAUUACUUCUUCCUGACUGCCUUUGCUUGGAUGCUGGUGGAGGGACUGCAUCUCUACAGUAUGGUGAUAAAAGUCUUCGGGUCAGAGGACAGCAAGCACCUCUACUACUAUGGGAUAGGUUGGGGGUGCCCUCUCCUCAUCUGCAUCAUCUCCGUAUCAUCCUCUAUGGACAGCUAUGGGACAAGUGACAGCUGCUGGCUGUCUGUGGAGAGUGGUGCCAUUUGGGCCUUUGUGGGCCCGGCUCUGCUGGUCAUUGUGGUCAACAUUGUUAUCCUGGUUGCUGUGACAAGGGUCAUCUCCCACAUCAGCACCGACAGCUACAAGAUACACGGGGACCCCAGUGCCUUCAAGUUGACAGCCAAGGCUGUGGCUGUGCUGCUACCCAUCCUGGGGACCUCAUGGGUGUUUGGGGUGCUUGCCGUCAGUGACCGGGCCCUGGUCUUCCAAUACAUGUUUGCUAUACUCAACUCUUCCCAGGGCCUCUUCAUCUUUCUCUUUCACUGUCUCCUGAACUCAGAGGUGAGAGCUGCCUUCAAGCACAAGAUGAAAGUCUGGUCCCUCACGAGCAGCUCCACCCAUACUGCGAACACGAAGCCUUCCAGUUCGGACACUGUCAACGGGACCCGGCCAGGCACGGCAUCUACAAAGCUAAGCCCUUGGGACAAGAGCAGCCAUUCUGCCCACCGUGUAGACCUAUCUGCUGUAUGAACAGGGCGGCCGCCAUUCAAAAGAAGUGCCUUCCCCGA